AUGAGCGGUGGAGGACCGGGAUGGGGGACGUUUUUCGGGCUGUCACCCUCACAGUCUCGCGUGGCUCCCGAGGAGAAUGGCGCCGACACUGCUAGCAAGGACGGCGCACUAGACCAAGGUACAAACCGGCCUGUCACGGUUGAAGGCGAUGAAGCCAAGUCAGCAGGCGUAGUUCCUGAACCGAUUGGAGUGACUGAUGAAGGAAAUCAUGUUUUGGCUGAUACGAAUAAUCGCCUCCCGCCAACUGACGAGAAUCCGCCUCGGUCAAUUGAGAGCUUAAAGCCCGCUCCGACGGCUCAACCAGCGUCGGCAGCGGGCGGCGCAGUCAUGCAGGCAGAGGCUAAUGGAAUUGCCAGUGGUGCGAGCGAGAACCGGAAGGAGGGUGAGAGGAAUAAUGUGGCGGAGAAGGCGGGAGAGAAAGUUACAGAGGAGAAGAGGGUAGGAGAGGGAGUGGGGUUGGAGGUUGGGGGAGAGGUGAAUGGAAAAGAUGGCGAAAACGGGCUGCAGAAGGAAAAUUCUGUGUCGGAGAGUGGGGAUGGUGUGAAGAGUGGGGAGGUUGGCGAGGGUGGGAAAUGUAAUGAGCCGUCUGAAAGCCCGCCUGUGACGGAAGUAGGGACGCUGCAAACUGGGCGGCAAGCGCCGGCAGACAGCAAGAAUCUGGCCGAGAGUGAGAGGCAGCGGGGAAUGCGGGUGGCAGGAGAUGAACAGCAGCAAAACGGGCGGCCACUGGCGGAGAAUGCGGAGAGGAAAGUGGCUGCGCAUACAGAGGAGGAGGGGGAGCCUGAGAGUGAAGUCCCGGAGACGCCUCAGGAGCUGGAAGAGAGGCGAGGCGCUGAGAGGUCUCAAGAGGAGGGGGGGAAUAAGGGCGUUAAGGUGGCGAGCAAGGGCGAGGAGGGUGCGAGCAAGGGCGUUGAGGGGCUGGAGAGUGUGGUGGUGGUGCUUGCAGGGGAUGAGGGGAAACGGACGGAUGGCGGAGGGGGGACGGAUGGGAGGAGCGAGGGGGAAGGGGGGAGGGAAGGGGGUAGUGCGGUAGAGAAUGGGGGACUUGAGAAGGUAGGAGACGGCGUCGUUGGGGGAUCAGUAGGGAAGGCAGAGGAAGGCGAGGGAGCUGCUGCUGCGCCUCUGACCCCCCCUGUGCCUGCCUCUUCUCCUGUGCCUGUCUCGGCUCCUGUGCCUGCCUCUGCUCCUGUGCCUUCUCCUGUGCCUGUCUCGUCACCUGUCCCUGUCUCGACACCUGCGCCUGUCUCGGCCUCGAACGACGGGCAUCAAGAGGGCGGAGAAGACGCGGGAAAGCAGACCAGUGACGGGAUUCGUGGGAAUGGGAUGCCUGACGCGGUGCCCAAUGCUGGUAGCGGAGACGCGGAUAAGGCGGAUACGGGGAGAAAGGAGAUGCGGUCCAAAGUAGACGAGCUGCUGGCGCAGGCUGCUGCGCUGAGGGCGCGCGGACAGGCGCGCGGGGGAAGCGCGGAGCGGGGGAACGCGGGCCUGGGGAACGGGGGAGAGGGCGGAGAGGGGGAGGGGCAGGGGGGAAGCGACGGGGAUGGGGAGGAGGAGGGGAGGUGGGAGGGAACGAGUGAGGAAGAAUCACCAAUGGAGAGGGAGAUUAGCUGGGGGGAUGAUGACGAUGACGAUGAGGAUGAUGAGAGUAGUGCAGGGGAGGAGGAGCAGGGGGAGGGGGGCGGAGGGGGAGGGGGAGGGGGAGGGGGAGUGCAUCGCAUGGUGCAUCUGCAGCGCGCCCUGGCGGAGCUGACUGCUGCUUCCAGAGAGAGGGAGAGGCGGAAGAGAGAGGCUGCUGCUGCUGCUGCUGCUGCUGCUGCUGGUGGCGGUGGUGGUGGUGGUGCUGCUGCUGCUGCUGCUGCUGCUGCUGCUGCUGCUGCUGCUGCUGGUGGUGGUGGUGGUGGUGGUGGUGGUGGUGCUGCUGCUGCUGCUGCUGCUGCUGCUGCUGCUGCUGCUGCUGCUGGUGGUGCUGCUGCUGCUGCUGCUCGUGGCAGUGCUUCUGCCUCUGCCGUUGUCGGUACUGCGACUUCAGCUGGUGGUGCUGGUGAUGCUGCUACUGCUGUUGGUGGUGGUGAUGCUGCUACCGCUGUUGGUGGUGACACAGCAAGAGCGGCAGCGGGAGCAGCAGUGGGAGCAGCAUCAGUAGGAGUUGGGACGGAAUCUGCACCAGGCUCGGUACCUGGAGAGAGGGAGAAGACAGACGUGAGUACGGCCAAUGCUUUGGACGCAGCAGGACAAGGGGCGGACAGACAAGGACAGGGACCAGGUGAAGGGGCUGGGGACGGGGAUAAGAAGCAAGUAACAGAGGCUGGGGACGGGGCAGGGGAGGCCCAUGGGGAAGGAGGCAACGACGGGGGGCAGCAGAAACAAGAUGUUCCUGUGGGAAAGUUACAGAAGGAAUUGAAAGGGUUAGAGUUGAUGCUGGCACGUGUGAAGCAGAGGCAGGUGGAGGAGCAGCAGCAGAAGGAGAAGGAGAAGCAGGCUGAGGCGGAGAGGGAGAGGCGGAAGGAGGAGCAGCAGAGGCAGAGAGAGAAGAAGCAGCGGGAGGAGCGGUUUAACGAGCUGCUGGAACGGCAGAGAGAGGAGGAGGAGGAGGAGCAGGAGCGGGGGAGGAAGGGAGGCGGAUCAGGGGCGGGGAGCGGUGGAGGCGGGGACAGAAAAGCACUGCUUGCAGGGCUGACUCUUGCUGGCACCGGCGCUGAUGCAGGGAUGAAGGGGAAGGGCGGAGGUAGCUCUGCUAGGAAAGGCAGCAGCGGAGGGGGCAGAGGAGGGGAGGAUGAGGAGGAGGAAGAGGAGGAGGAGAGUGAGAAGCCGAUGGGGUUGGAGGAGGCGAAGGCGCAUCUGCUGCGGGUGGCAGCCGAGGGGUUUGAGAGGAAGCGCAGUGCAGAGGAGGAGGAUCCGCAGAUGACGGUAGGCGCGCUGCCUGUGAUUCCCGAGGGAGAUAAGGAGGGGGAGGAGACGGAUGACGAGGAGGGGGUGGUUGGGUCGAUAGGGGGUGGAAGGGAGAGAGGAGUAGUGGGGGUCGGGGCUGCUGAGCGGGAGGAGGAGACGGGGAAGGUGGAGGAGCAGAAGGGGAGUGGGGAAGAGGCGAAGGGAAGGGAGGAGGAGGUGAGGAGGGAGCAGAGUGCUGGAGGUGGUGGUGGUGGAGGAGGGGGAGUUGCAAGAGGGUUGGGGCUGUUGUCACUCUUUGGUUCGUUUGGACUAGGCCGUGGUGCGAGCGUGUCAGGAAGCAACAGUGGCAGCAGCAGCAGUGGUAGUGGUGGUGGUGACGCGAGUGGACCCUCUGCCAAGCCUGCAGCAACUCAAGCGACUGCUGCUGCUGCUGCUGGUGGUGGUUCUGGUGGUGGUGCUGUCAACAACACCAGUACCGCAUCCAACCCAGUAACACCCACAACAAGUGACUCUUCCUCUGCGCCUCCUGCCUCCUACGCCACCGCUGCUGCCGCCGCCGCCGCCGCUGCAGCUGCAGCUGCGGCGGCCUUCGCACCCUCUCCCGCCACGUCAGCAUCCCCACCCCCAACCGCCACGUCAACAUCGUCAUCGUACGGGCCAAUGGGGGACAAGAAGAGCAGCUCGCCAGAUACUCUCCCCGACCGCCCGCACCCCUCUACACACAGGGAUGCUGGCUCCUCCCUCUCUGGCUCUCCUGCUCCCCCCACUACCGCUUCUCCCUCUUCUGCCGCCGCCGCCGCUGCAGCCGCUGCUGCUGUCGGUACUGGUACCUCUCCUGCCUCUCCUCCCCUGUCAGGCUUCCCCCCGCGCAUGAACCCCAACAGUCCCUUGACCUUUAGUCUGGGCCUAUUCGGCGGCCCGCUAGACAUGGCUAUGACCUCCUCCUCGUCCCCCUCAGGCUCCCCCCACCCCUCCCGCUCCUCCUCCUCCGCCUCCCUCUCUGGCCCCACCUCCCUCUCCCUCUCCCUCGGCCCUGCCUGCGCCUCUGCCAACACUCCAACCCCUGUCUCUCUCCCGUCCUCUCUCUCCGAAUCUCAAGUCGGCUCCUCCUCCCCGCCGUCCUCUCUUGCUCCUCAGCCCUACUCCCUGGCCGUUCCCGCCUCGCCUCGCACAAGCUUCCCCUACUCCAUGCCGGCCUCUCCCUCCUCCCUUGUGGUUCGGGAUGUGGACCAUGCAAAGAAGCAGCUGCUAGCCAUGGCAGGCGAGGCUAAGGAGCGGAUUGGGGGCCUUGAGCGCCAGCUGGCGGCGCGGGACGCAGAUGUUGCCAGGCUGGAGGAUGAGGUGGCGGCGCUGCGUGCUGAGUCAGCUCGGCGAGAGGAGGAGGUGGCAAGGCUGGUGGAGAGGCUAAGGGAGCAGGAGGAGCGGUGGGCUGCUGCCACUGCUGCUGCUGCAGCCGCUGCUGCUGGUGGUGGCAUGAGCAGAGCAUCAGGGGGAGGGGCGGGAGGAGCAAGCAGCAGCAGAGCAGGUCUAGCAGGCGGCAGGGCGGAAGGCCAGAGAAGAAGGCUCGACCAGCAGCCGCAGCAGCAGGUGAUAUCUAGAACGGUUUUGCUGCAGAGGCAGCUGCAGGCUGCUGCUCCCCGGCCAGGCAGAGGGCCCAGGUGGCAGAGCUUAGAGCGACGUCUGGAACAGAAGGAUGAGGUGCUAGUUCGGCUCAUGGGGAUUGCCAAGGACCGGUGGCGAGAGGUUCGGCGCGAGGUUCGGCGCAAGGACAAGGUGAUUGCGGAGCUGGCUGAACUGGUGGUUCGGGCCCAGUCUGAGAGGAGGUCCGGUGGUGGUAGCGGUGGAGAGGGUGUAGGGGAGGGGGGGAGUGAGGGAGGGGAUGGGAUGGGGAGGAGUAGCUUGGAGGAGGAAGUGAGGAAGUUGUUGGAGUUUGCACUGAGGCAUGGGGAGGAGGUGGAAGGGGUGCUUACGAGGGAAGAGCAGAAGCUGCAGGAGGUCUUUGAAGCAGCAGACAUUGAGGGGCUUAAGUGGGGUGUAGAUUCGGGGAUAGUUAGUUCUUGCAUAGACGCGUCGGGGGCUGGUAGCAGUAGUGGAGAGGGAGGGGGCGCGUGUGUAGUGUCUGGGCAGGAAGGCAAUGGUGAAGAGGUGACCAGUGGUGUUGUGAGCGCCAUGGCGGUCGUCGGCGCGCAGCGAGUGGACGUGUCGUUCAAUCAGAACUUCGUCUUCCCCUCGUGGUGCAAGCCGCCCUUCUGCACCAGCACGCCUGACGGAAGCAUCGCCCUCGCCGUCAAUCCCAAAUCAGUCGGAGUCUUCGAGUCCAAGGGCGUGUACAGCUACGGCAUCUACUCCGUGCGAAUGAAACUCCCCGCGGGCUACUCGGGCGGCGUCAUCCCGUGCAUCUACCUCAUCACGCCCGGCGCCUCGUCAUACCAGUCGAUCCACGACGAAAUCGACCUCGAGUUCCUCGGCGGCACGGACCCGCGCAACAUCACCAUCCACACGAAUCUCAUCACGGGCGGGCAGGUCAAGCUGGAGCAGUUCCGCUUCCCGUUCGACCCGUCGGCGGCGUUUCACACGUACACGAUCGUGUACUCGCCGGAUCGGGUGAUGUGGUUGGUGGAUAAUACGCCAAUUCGCAUCACCGCCAGGACUCCCGGGAAGCCUUUCCCAUCCGACAACGUCAAGAUCAUGGGCUCCAUCUGGGACGCGUCGUCGUGGAGCAAGCUCAAGCCCAGCUACGCGAACGGCCCGAUCAAGGUGCAAUACAGCCACUUCGACGUCAGCAGGACGUGCCGCGUGCCGCCCAGCGGCGCCGUGCCUCCCUGCAAGGCGUUUCGCGACCUCGCCAGGGCGCCGUGGAUGGGGGUUCCGUCAGCAGUGCAACUGGCGCGCUUUAGAACGUACAGGCAGAAAUUCCUUGUGGCUGACUACCCUUGGGGCCCGGCCAAGUGA